AUGACCAACCUCACCAUGGUGACAGGAUUCCUCUUGAUGGACUUUUCCAAUACCUGGGAGCUGCGGGUCUUAUAUGCCAUGCUCUUCUUACUGAUGUACCUGGUGGCUCUGGUGAUGAACCUGCUCAUUUUCACCCUCAUCUCUCUUGAUGAGCAUCUCCACUCCCCCAUGUACUUCUUCCUGAAGAACCUGUCCUUUUUAGAUCUUUGCUUUAUUUCUACCACACUCCCUAAAUCUAUCACAAACUCCCUGUGCCAUAGCCAUUCCAUUUCUUUCAUGGGGUGUGUAUUACAGUUAUUUUUAGUAAUUUUCUUUGCAGCAUCUGAGCUUUCUCUCCUCACAAUAAUGUCCUAUGACCGCUAUGUGGCCAUCUCUCAGCCCCUGCACUAUGAAGUCAUCAUGACCAGAGGGACUUGUGUGAAGAUGGCAACUGCUUCCUGGCUCACUGGAGGUUUGUUAGGGGCUCUGUACUCAGGUAGUACAUUCACUUUGCCUUUCUGUGGCUCCAAAGAGAUCUAUCAGUUCUUCUGUGAUGUCCCUUCAUUGCUUAGGCUCUCCUGCUCUGAUAUACAUAUUGGAUUAAAUGUGACUUUGUCUAUUGGGAUUACUUUAGGGAUUCUCUGCUUUAUUUCCAUAGCUUUCUCUUAUGGUCACAUAUUCUCAACUGUGCUGAAGAUUCCAACCACAGAGGGUCAGUCAAAAGCCUUCACCACUUGCUUGCCCCAUCUCAUAGUUCUCAUAGUUUUUAUCACAACAGGUGUCAUUGCUUAUCUAAAGCCACACCAGGAAUCUUACUCAGUUCUAGAUCUGUCAUUAUCUAUAGUCUAUACAGUGGUGCCCCCAACCCUGAACCCUGUCAUCUACAGCCUGAGGAACAACGAUAUCAAGACUUCUCUGAUGAAACUAAUACAUGGGAAACACUUCUCACAGGGAUUAACAUUAAGACCUUUUCCACAACUGUAUGAUUGCUUUAUUUAA